AUGGACCUCUACACUAUUAUAAAGGUGGCAAAAGAGGAAGAUCUUGCAAAACAGAUUGGAGAGGAGGUUUAUUUUGAUCUUGUAGACUACAAAAACGUGACAUGUUUUCGUGUUCUAAAGACGACGACAUUUAACUUUUUCAAGGAAGAGGCUGCUAAAACGUUCCGCAUACCAGCUGCUUUACAACGCUAUUGGAUAUUGGCAAACCGUCAAAAUAAGACAUGUCGUCCAUAUCGGCCAUUGACACGCUUUGAAGAAGAAGGAACUGUUGGAGAAUUCAAAGUGUUAAACAAAGCUAUCAAAUUCGAAAUGAAAAUGUUUUUGGAAGUGGAGCGUAGGCCGACACCGGAUUCAUAUCCCUUUGCAAUACCGGUUGCACUACCCGAAAAGGGAAAGGAUGAUAUAUUACUCUUUUUCAAGUUAUAUGAUCCUGAAAAAGAGAGGCUCUGUUAUAUUGGAAAACUCUAUGUGAACUGUUAUCAUAGGCCAACAAAAAUUUUAAAAAAUUUAAAUAGAUUGGCUGGUAAUGAUCCUAACGAAGACAUUCAACUUUACGAGGAGAUUAGGUUUGAACCAAAUGUCAUGUGUGUGCCCGUUAACAUAAGACUGACAUAUCUAGAAAGUGAGUUACAAAAUGGUGAUAUUUUAUGCUUUCAGAAAGCUUCUGCGAUUUUUAAUAAUAAAAACAAUUUGCGCUACCCUGAUGUGCCUUCUUACUUAGAAUAUGUGCACAAUCGCCAGGUUAUUUUAUCUCCCUCAGUUCAAAAGCCGAGUGAAACGGAAAGUGAUACCGAAGCCAGAACUUCAAAAUUCAUUAGCACAAACUUUAAAGAGAUUGACGAUAUGAUUGAUGAGAAUGCGGUUGCUGCAAUCGACAGAGUUUUAUCAGAAGGGGUUACCAUUUCAUUACAAUACCAACCUUCUUUCGAGGGACAAGUUAUCUCGGAACAAGAUCCCAACUUCCCUAAACUAGUUCUUCGAGAAUUGAGAGACAUUGCCUUUAAAGAAGACUUGGUUGAAAAAUUUAAAAAAGGUUUCAUCGUAAAAGUUGACAUCAAUGCAGUCAAGGAAAGAAUCGAAGCGAAUGCUAAGCUCUUCUCCUCUUCGCAAUUAGAACAAGUCAGAGUUGUGGUUAAUGUCGUCAACAACAUUGUGAGAAUGUUCGACAAGCUUGAAAUUUUGAAAAAACAGCUAGACUCGACUAUAAAGAACAAUGAACAAGAUAAUGAAGCACUGAAGAAUACAAGAGAGCAAAUAUUGAUGUUAAAGGCUUCUUUUCCGGACCAACAUACAGAACUCGAAUCUCUUGAUGCGCAAAUCGCUGAUCUUAAAGCCAAACUUGGAGAACUAGAAUGUGAUAGGGCCAAAAUUAUUGAGACUCAAGAUCAACAUAGAGAUAAGAUCACAUCAAUGAACAAAGAAGUUAGAUCAAUUUUCCAUCACCUUGCUGAUGGUCAAAUAAAGUUGAAAAGUAUUGAAAAUGAGAUACCGGAGACAGAAGCUGAAUUGGAAAGUCAGGAAAAAGCCUAUAGCAUCUUAAGGGCAACCCCUCCGUUUUGA